CUUCCUUAACCCAUCACUCUAUGCGUGGAUGGUGUAAAUGGGGGAUGUCAUGCUGAUUGUAACUACAUUCACACAGGACCUAAUAAAGAAAAUCGUAUUUUUGACCUUGGAAUUCAGGGCCUCCUUACGGUCUAUGCCUUCAGAACAAAGAUAUAGAAACCAGUCAAUAGAUCUUUUAAAGCUGACUCCUGAAAACACCAGAAUCAUGAGGUACCACAUAGUGUGCUGCCGGACCCUCCUUCCACAAGACCUCAUGCAGCCAUGUAACCUGACCACACUUUCUGGGGACAUCCUCACCAUCACAUACUCUGAGGAUACUAUAUACAUCAAUAACAAGGCCAAAGUGCAGUUCAGUGAUAUUGAAAGCAGCAACGGGAUUUUACACGAGAUCGACUCUGUCCUGGUCCCACCUGGAUUACAGAUUCAGAAAGACAAAAAGCAAGACAUCAUACCGCCUUAGCAGGAUGACUUUGUUUAUUCAUACCAAGUUUAAUAAAUCAAUCAUGGGAUUAUUAAAUAACACAGAUCUGUUUUUCUGACAGCGUAACCUUUCAGAAGUGGCCAGUGCCAAUGGUUUCAAGACAUUCUUCAAGCUUCUUGAGGACACCGAUACAUUGAAGUUGGUGAUGGACCCGAUUCAUCAGCCUGUCACCCUGUUUAUGCCUACGGAUGAUGCAAUGUCUGCUCUGGCUCAAGAGCAGAAAGACUUCCUGUAUGCAAUGCAUAACCGGGAUAAACUAUCUGAGUAUCUUAGAUACCACAUCCUGCGGGACACCAAGCUCCUGACUUCAGAGCUCAUCUACGCCAGCUCUUUGAAAACUCAACACUGCUCAGAUCUGUCAGUGGCCUGCAUGGGGGAAGAGCAAGUAGGGGAGCUUUAUGUGAAUCAUAAAGGCUGUCGUAUUGUAAAGAGAUACCUUGAUUUCAAUGGAGGCAUGAUUUAUGGCAUUGACUGUCUGCUGAAUCCUCCAAGUCUUGGGGGACGUUGUGAUCAUAAGCAAACCAUUGAUUUCACUUUGGCUUGCAGGAGAUGUGGGAGCAGUAUUAUGGAUUGCCCACUUGGAAGCAAGCCAGUGUGUAAAUGUAAAACCGGCUACAUUGGUGAUGGAUUCUCCUGUACAGGAAACUUGAUGCAGGUUCUCUCUGCAACACCGACUCUGUCUAACUUCCUGUCUCAAAUCCUGAAUUAUUCAACAUCUGCAUCAGGAAAAGCAUUCGUGAAUCGCCUUUGUAACAUCACUAUCCAGUCCACUCUGUUUGUACCUGAUAAUGAUGGCCUCUAUAGCAACCAGACUUUAAGUGGCAGAGACAUAGAGCACCAUCUACUGGAUGGGAGGGCUUUAAUACUGCAGGCCCUUAUUAACGUCACUCAUGUCCGAACACGACUGGGCUCCAGUCUGACCAUCACCGGUGUGCCUGACCUCCAAAACCCUCAAAAAAUGACCUCCUCAGGAUACAUCAAUGACCAGUAUGUCAUAGACUCCAACAUUUUUGCAUCCAACGGGGUGAUCCACGUUCUGCAGGGCCCACUGAAAGCGCCUCCACCUCCACCUCCAUCCUUCCACCCGGCUCAUCAGGCUGGGAUGGGCAUCGGCGUCCUGGGGCUCAUCAUCCUCAUCGUAGUGGCUGGAUUCGUGGGAUACAAUUUCUACACACAUAAAACAAAGCCAUUCCAGUUCCACUAUUUUAAGGAGGAUGAAGGGGAAGAUGUCAUCCCAUCAGAAUCCAGUCCAAACAUCAGUAAUCCUGUAUACGAUGCUGCUCCUGCCACUAAAGAACAACCACCAACGGAAGAAGACAAGCAUCAAGUGAUUUCCAGUGGAACAUUUGACCUCCUGCAGGACAGCUGAAAUCACCUCUCCAACCAAGCAGUCAGUGCAGCUCUCUUUAUGAACACAAGAGGAAUGUGAACUCCAUGUUACAGUGAUGAGACUUUACAUGCUAACACUAGACAGAGGUCUAGACAGACAUGUGUGCAUGUUUUUGAUUGGUGUGUUUGCUUUGAAUGAGUGUGAAUAUGUCAUUUUUAAAACUUGUUUAUAAGCAGUUUCUAAAUUCUGUUGUAUUACAGGCAUUAAUAAAUGUCCAACAUGCAAUGAUUUAAAUAACUGCCCUGCUUACAGCACAAUUUAAGGAAAAAAAUGGAAAUAAAAUAAAUAAAGAAGUGUUAAGGUUGUGGAUUA